UCACAUGACACGGCUGUGCUGUCAGACAGGGUGAAGAUGGCGGCCCACUUAUCGUACGGGAGAGUCAAUCUGAAUAUCCUGAGAGAGGCUGCAAGGAAGGAGCUUCGGGAGUUCUUGGAUAAAUGCGCAGGGAGCAAGGCAAUAGUCUGGGAUGAGUAUCUCACAGGACCGUUUGGGUUAAUUGCUCAGUAUUCACUUCUAAAGGAACAUGAAGUGGAAAAGAUGUUCACACUUAAGGCAGGGCGCCUGCCUGCAGCUGAUGUUAAAAACAUCAUCUUCUUUGUGAGGCCCAGACUGGAAUUAAUGGACAUCAUUGCUGAGAAUGUGAUGGGUGAGGAUAAACAGCGCUUGCAGCGAGAUUUCCACAUCCUGUUUGUGCCGCGGCGCAGCCUCCUGUGUGAGCAGCGGCUGAAGGAGCAGGGCGUGCUGGGCUCCUUCAUCAACAUGGACGAGUACACCCUGGACCUCAUCCCCUACGAUGGAGACCUGCUGUCCAUGGAGUCCGAGAGCGCAUUCCGGGAGUGUUAUCUGGAGAAUGACCAGACUAGCCUUUACCAUACAGCCAAGGGACUGAUGACACUGCAGGCACUGUAUGGAACCAUCCCACAGAUAUUCGGCAAAGGAGAGUGUGCAAGGCACGUAGCCAAUAUGAUGCUGAGAAUGAAGAGGGAGUUUGCUGGAAGUCAGAACCAGAUCCUGCCCGUGUUUGACUCGCUGCUCCUCCUCGACCGCAACGUGGACUUGCUGACCCCCUUGGCCACGCAGCUCACUUACGAAGGGCUUAUUGAUGAAAUGUACAGCAUUACUAACGGCUAUGUGAAACUGCCUCCAGAGAAGUUCACUCAGAAGAAACAGGGCGAGGGUGGGAAGGACCUCCCGACCGAACCCAAGAAGCUGCAGCUGAACUCCGCAGAGGAGCUCUACGCUGAGAUCAGAGACAAGAACUUCAAUGCCGUCGGGUCGGUGCUGAGCAAGAAGGCAAAAAUCAUCUCGGCAGCGUUCGAGGAGCGACACAAUGCUAAAACAGUGGGAGAGAUCAAACAGUUUGUGUCACAGCUGCCACACAUGCAAGCAGCAAGGAGCUCCCUAGCAAACCACACGUCCAUUGCAGAGCUCAUCAAAGACAUUACAACCUCCGAAUCGUUCUUUGAUAAACUAACAGUGGAACAGGAGUUCAUGACGGGGGUGGACACAGACAAGGUAAACGGCUACAUCGAGGACUGCAUCGCCCAGCAGAAUCCCUUGACUAAGAUCCUGCGCCUAGUGUGCAUGCAGUCUGUCUGUAACAAUGGACUGAAGCAGAAAGUGCUGGACUAUUACAAGAGAGAGAUACUGCAGACCUACGGUUAUGAGCACAUAAUAACCCUGAGUAAUUUAGAGAAGGCUGGGCUGCUGAAGCCACAGACCAGCACCAGAAACAACUACCCAACCAUCAGGAAGACACUGAAGCUCUGGAUGGAGGACAUCAAUGAGCAGAACCCAAAUGACAUUUCCUACGUGUACAGCGGUUAUGCUCCUCUGAGUGUCCGCUUAGCCCAGUUGCUGGUGCGGCCCGGCUGGCGCAGCAUUGAGGAGGUGCUCAAGAUGUUACCAGGACCGCACUUUGAGGAGAGGCAGCAGCUUCCUUCCGGACUUCAUAAAAAACGCCAGCAAGGAGAGAACAGAACCACCCUCGUCUUCUUCCUUGGAGGAGUUACCUACGCCGAAGUCGCUGCGCUGCGCUUCCUCUCGCAGAUGGAGGACGGGGGAACGGAGUACAUCAUCGCCACCACAAAACUGAUCAACGGCUCAGGCUGGAUCAAUUCCUUAAUGGACAAGCUGGAAGCACCCCCCUUCUAAAAUAAAAUCAAUCACCAACAAGACUGGCAAGAACCAGAGCGCUCAGAGCAAACGGCAGGGGCUGGUUUCUUAACGAGCCACCAUUUGACAUGAGAUCUCCUGUGCUUUUCAACCUUGUACAGUACACUAAUAUUACAGAGGCAGAUACACACUUACGAAGUUAAGCAGAAAACUCACAGAUGUGUGCUUUCAAGCAGUGUACAGGCCACAGGCUGUUUGGCUUUUAUUUGCUUGGAAAUAAUAAAAAGCUUACUUAACUUUGAAUAACCUAAUAUAAUGUAGGUUUGUGUUUGUGUGUGCGAAGCGCUGAAAAUACAUCCACUGUCAUUAUCAACAGUGUUAAGAAGUUUGUUUUAAGAGAUCCCUGUAGUACACAAUUAUAAACUAAGGGCUCGAGUGUGGCUGACAGGUUACCUUACACACACACACGUUAUGUAGCCUGGGUAAGACUUUGGAGGGUCUCAAUGUUCCAGGAAGAUUUCUCUUCUUUAUCUCUCAUGAUAUUUCCAGUACAUCACGCCUGCCUGCCUGCCUCAGAACUGCCCAGACACUGCACAGCUGGUCAAACGACUGAGUGAUACACAUUCAUUAAUCUUUACUUACCCUGUUACAGCAAAAGCAGGCUUUUCAGAUUGAUGACGUGUUAUUAUUGUUUAUCAGUUCCACACAGAUUCCCGUGUCAAGAAUAAUUUGAAGGUUAAGUGAUUGGGUUUGACAGUCAAGCCUAGCUGGAAAAUGGAGAGCUGACUGCCCUGCUUAGAUAA